UCAUGCUGCUGCCAGGUCCAGAGUCUCUCAUGGGUCCCUGUACGGCCUCCCAUUGCUGCUGUCUCCAUCGCCACACUCUGCCAUGUGCCACUUUCAGGUCUCCUCACACUGCUGGUGUGUUCCAUUUUUUGUCAUAGGGUGCUGGCAGAUUACGGGCCUCCCAUAGCUGCUGCCAGGCCCCUAAUCUGCCAUGGGCCCCUAUACCGCCUCCUCAUGCUGCUGCCAGGUCCAGAGUCUCUCAUGGGUCCCUGUACGGCCUCCCAUUGCUGCUGUCUCCAUCGCCACACUCUGCCAUGUGCCACUUUCAGGUCUCCUCACACUGCUGGUGUGUUCCAUUUUUUG